GUCGCGCGUAUUCCCGACUCGACUUGCUACUCGUCGCGCGGCGCGGAGCGGAGCGGCCAGUUCGCCGUGAGCGCUCGUCACGCGAGGUCAUCGAUUCGGCGCGCGCGCGCGAGAACGCACCUGCGGCCUAUCUCCGCUCGGCGCAGAGCCCUGCAUGACAAAGGAAUCGACGGCAGCGACGGCGACGACGACGACGACGGCGGCCCAGCUGCUUGCUCCCCGCGCGGCAGUGACCGCACGCAUAGCUUGGCGUCGAUUCAGUGCUCGCGCCGAGAACAAAGUGCCAUGUGCUGACUAGCUGCCUGCCGGCAGGAGGAGAGCGCCGAGACCGGCGGCGGGUUCAUUCGUAUCCAGCGCGGUUUUGUUUUGCUGCCGGCGCGCCACCUAGACAGGGCCGGGGCGCGAGCGACGAAUUAGAGACGGAGCGCGGCGCACGGCUCGCCGAGGAUCGACAGCGUUCGGCGACUCGCGGUCCAACAGCAGGCAGAGCACGAGCGGAGCAGCGGCGGCCGCAGCCCGAAUAUGUCCGCCAAGCGAAAGGCCACUGCCAUCAUGCAGCACCACAAGGAGAACAUCUCGACUCCGGAGCCGGCCGACAUAUCGGAGGACGAUCACUAUUCGAGCGUACUGAUGAAGGACGCCGACAAGCUGAAGCUCAUGCUGCUCGCGUGGACGAUGCAGCACCAGGCGCAGGGGGCGGUCGGCGCGCCGACUCUGGGCCCGAUCCCGCCGGGCGUGCAGGUCAGCCAGGCACAGACCCCGACCACCACCAACAGCAGUAACCCCGGCGCCGCGUCGCCCGGCAGCACCGCUGGCGGCAACGCCGCCGCGCCCGUCACCACCGCCAUCACCACGGCCAGCUCUGGCAGCCUCAACAGCGUCACCCUCACGGAAGCACGCAACGGCAGCGCGGACAUGAGCGAGCUGACCACGAGCUGCACAGCCUCGAGCCAGGCGAACACAGCCGGCGGCGGUGGCGGCGGCGGCGCCGUCGGCGCUGCGAGCAGCGAGGACAUGGCCUCGCUCUGGGCCUCGUACACGAUGGGCCUGAAGAAGACGCCGUCGCCGGGCUCGGGCACUCCGUCGCGCGAGCGCGAGCGCGAGCGUGAGUCCAGCCCCGGGGGCGGCGAGGGCGCGGGCAGCGCCCACGACGAGACCAGCAGCAGCGGCAACAAGGAGGACGAGGACGACGACGACGAGGACUCGGACGACAGGCUCGACCCCCGGCACCACGACCCCGAGCGCCUCAAGGCCUUCAACAUGUUCGUGCGGCUGUUCGUCGACGAGAACCUCGACCGCAUCGUGCCCAUCUCGAAGCAGCCGAAGGAGAAGAUCCAGGCCAUCAUCGACAGCUGCACCAGGCAGUUCCCCGAGUACGCCGAGCGCGCCCGCAAGCGCAUCCGCACCUACCUGAAGAGCUGCCGGAGGAACAAGCGCGGCCGGGACGGCGCACCCUGGGACCCGGUAAGGCCCACGCCGGCUCACCUGACCUCGGCGCUGGCCGAGCACAUCCUGGCGAUGGCGUGCGAGAACGAGAGCGAUAAUGCGAAGCGCAUGCGGAUCGGCCUCGAGCCGGUGUCGCAGCCCAUGCCGACGCUGCCUGCAGCCACGCAAACGGACGCGCGAACGAGCCUGGAGCACUUCGCGAGCGGCGCUGGCACUGGCGGCGGCGGCGGCGGUGGCGGCGGUGGUGGUGGCGGCGGCGGCGGCGGCAGCGGCGGUGGCGGCGCCGGCACCCCGGUCAAGCCGCUGCAGAUUAAGCGCGAGGCCACGUCGCCGACAGGCCUCACGUCGCUGGCGCCUCUCACGAAUCUGGCCAAUCUGCCCGGCGGCGCGGGCCUCGCCUCGGCGCCUCUCUCGCUCACGCCCACCUCCAAGCUGCUCGCCAAUACCGACACCAAGGUCUUCAUGAGCCAAGCCGCGGCGGUGAGCUCGUCGACGGCGAACGGGAUCGCGAGCGCCGGGGCCGGCGCCCCCACGGCCAUGUACAGGCCGAACUUCAGCCAAGCGUUCCAGCGCGCCGGACCGACGACAGUGCCGCCGACGCUGUCGGCCGGCCUCUACCCCACUCAGAGCUUCACUUCGGGCCUCCUCAGCAACGGUACACAAAGGCCAACAGACUUGAGCAUGAAGAACAACGCGAAGCCAUUACUGAGCCACAAGCUGAACGCGACGGAAAUGACCGCGGUGAGGCAGCUGAUAACGGGAUACCGGGAGUCCGCCGCCUUCUUGCUCAGGUCCGCCGACGAGCUUGAGCAGCUGCUGCAUCAGCAGCCUUAAACGACGACGAAUCUCAUUCUCGCACGCCGACACACGCAUGCACACACGAUACACGAUAACUAUUAUUAUGCUUGAGCCAUCAUCGGACAGCGCUCUCCUCUUCUUUGACUACCCUAUCGCAUUGCUAUCUGCAGAUCUAAAUAUAUUUAUUUAUACAUACAUAUGUAGGUACUACAGAAGGCGCCAUAAUAUUAUACAAUGAUAUACCAUCGAUACAGGGUGUACAUAUACAUUAAUAGACACGUAAAUUCUCAGGUUAUUUACUUAAUGUAACGAGCUAAUCUAAGUGUCGUUUUACGUGCGAAUGAGAACCGAGUGGCUGCGAGUGUGCGAUCAGCUUUAUACGUAGAAGAGCAGACUUGUCCUCUUCUUCACCUUACAUUAUUUUUUUUCUUCGUUAACUAUACGUGCGUUCGUUUUUUAUUGAUUUAUAUUACGUGUUAUGGACCUUCGAGAUUUUCAUGUUUUUAAAAAACAAAACGUUGUUUAUUUACGUGGAUGAUUAUUUUUCUUGGCCAUUGCCCUUUUCCCGUGUUAUUAUCGACGAUUGGCGCGCGUUAUUCCCAAUUCUCAGUCGUGUUUUCGAUGAGCUUUCAAUACAAUGAAAACGCUAUGUAUAUAAGAAAUCAGCGUGUAACUUAAGGGGUUCGCGUGUAGUGCAAUUGCUAAGGCGCAACGCGAGCGCGAGCGAGUGACGGGGGCUGUGUAGCUUGGCUCGACCAUAUUCUGUGGCUGCGACAAGAUGGCACGAAAACUAUUAAAAAUUAAGGCGAAAAUUAUCUCUGCAGACAGAGUCAGCAGCGCGACUGACCAACGGGAUGAAAUUGAAAAAAUUAUUGGCAAAAAUUAUUGCUUGCGACACGGCGUGCCAAGUCUCGAUGAAAGGCAAACAAUCUCUCUAGGUGUUUCGAUUAAACGUUCGGUAAAACUAUUUUGGGAUUCAUUCGGCAUUUUUCGCUAUACUGCUGGGACCAUCUUGUCACGAUCGAUGUAAAAUCAAGUGUACGUGUGCUUUAUUGGUCUCCAUAGACAUCACAAUGCUACCAAAGAUAAUUGCGAGUUGAUAGAUUAUCUAUUCUAGUUCUAGUUCUAUAAGUCGUUCGAAUGGACUCCUCUUCUUUUUACUUAAUAUGUAUUCAACUUCUUUGUUUGCGUGAUUUCAAAUUAGAGGAGGACGCAAAAUCAUAUGUGCAUUUAAACUCUCGUUCCUGUUUAAUUGUAAAACGUCAGUACUUCCUUAUUAGAUUUAAUAAAAAAUAGAACAAGCGACGGAAGGUAAAAUGAAAAAAGACAAAAAAAAGAACAAAAAAAAAACAAAAGAAGACAGUCUCGAUCGACACGACGGUAGUUAUUUUAUUUUUAUUUCUUAUGUUGUUUUUUGUACAUAGUUUAAAUAACGUAAAACAUAGUUACGUGUAUAUUGCUACUGUGGCGUUAAGAUUAUUAAAAAAACGGAUGAGUGAUAAGUCAGAGUUUGCAUUGAAAGGCUUCGGUGUGAUUGUAUGAAUAUACAUGUAUAUAUCAAUUUAAAAUAGCUUUAACAGAAAACAAAUGAUGCGAUUGUGAUGCUCAUAUUUACAUGAAAGACAAAUGAAAAUAACUGAGGGAUACAUUCCAAUGUGAAUAAAAAAAAGGCACGAAAAACUUUGUCCGAAUUAUAACCGUACUUUAAACACACCCCGAACAAAAUAAAGGAAUUAAAUAAAGUAAAACUUUUGAGCUACUUCAUAUUGUUGAACUACGUACUGUAACGAUGCAAACUCACGAGGUAAUAACGCAAUGGAUUUCCGUCAAUGCAGCAACAGCUUUUUACAGUUGAUUUCUUUUUGUAAGCUUUUAUUUUACAGUCAGAACAAUAACCAGAUACUAGUACUAUGCAUAUAAUAACUACACAGCCGAACGCAUACUUACCGAUAACGAUAGUCUUACGAGUGCGUACUAUAAUCCGCUUCGAGUAUAAGGGCUUUUAUAAGCGCAAUGAUCUUCAUAAUCUUAUACUACAUCGAGUCACCAAUUUGUUUUUGCUUUUAUCUAUAGAUUUUCUCGGGUUUUCCAUGGCAAGUUAAAUACGAAGCUCAUGUUCCUUUCAGUAUCGCUGAACGGUAACGCAUUCUCAUUUUUUUUUACUUUGACUUACAUUUUUUGACGACUUAAUAUAGCAAAUUUUUAUUGUUGCUCACAUCAACUGCAGUAAAUGUGAAUUCGUCGGUUGUUUCAAACAUCUAAAUAUAAGUGUACAAUUCGUUUAUCAACAUUGUAUCACUGAUUUUCAUGCGAGUGCCAUUAGGGAUGAAUUUAAAGGUUUAUCAGCACGUUUAUGAUUGUAAUAAUAGGUAAAAUAACAAUAAAAAAAGCUGUACUUCUGUGAUAAAACCAUUCAUGAUUAUAAACUAGAUGCAAUUUUUUCCAGAAAACACUAUGCCAGUGCGAAAAAAGAAGUACUAUAUGUUACAAAUUUUUAAUUGUGAUGAGAAAAAGGUGAAUCACAAGCAUUUAAAUCGAAUUAAAGGAGCGUCACGGCGAAGUUGAGUAAAAAAAGGGUGAUAAUUUUACGGAAAGUUUCACGUAUACAGAGAAUUGAGUAGAUUGAAUAAAUGGAUAAUUAAUAUAUACAAAUAAGAAGAGAAUGAUUUUUUAAAAUUCUAUACAUUUACUGCAGCGCAAAAGAAGUCAAAACUUUACAUUCAAGCGCAAAGUACUCUUUGAAUAAUUAUGUAAUAAACGCAUAAUGCGUACAGAAAAAUGAACACAUCCGCCGAUGUUGUAUUCGCGAAUUGAUGUAUAUUUAUUAAUAUAAAAGAAUAUGUAUUUGUUCCUAAGAAAAAUAUUAAAAAUAAUUAACAAUAGAUAUAAUGAACCUUAACAUUAAAAAAAGAUAAUGAUAAAAAUAAUUUGAUGGUACAUACUUUUCGUAUAAGAAGUAAUGAUAUUAUAUAAAACUAGAUAAUUAUUAUAAAGUUGGUACGGUCUUUGACGAUGCCUUGCCUGUAAAUGUAGUACCAUACAAAUACGUUGAACGAAAACAAGAAUCUUAUUACCUUGUAAAUGUUUUACCAAAUA